GAUGAAUACACAUAUCCAAACAGAACAUACAUACUACAAGUCUACAAUGAAAAAAAAAUCAGUGACUUCGUAAGCUCAGAAGCAGCAAGCUUGGUCAAAGAAGAGAAAGACAAACACACACGUACAUAUUUGUAGAAGAUGACAAACACUGACUAUCUUAUUUUGAUUACAUACAAUCACUCUUAUGCUUGUCUUGCUCAUAUUCAACAAACGCACCUUAAGAGUAAGUGGCUAAUAGUAUGUUCUAGACAACGUUUGCAAGUGUUAGAAUUUAUUCUCAAUUGCCGAAUCAAAUUUUGAGUAUUUUUUUUUAUUUUCCAACUUCAAAAUUAAUUCUAUAUUUAAACCACAUAUCCUAAUUUUUGCAAAAUUUGAUAUUUUACAAUAUAUUACUUCUUUCAUAAAAAUAUCCAAAUUGUUCUUCCAAAAAUAGAGCUCAGAAUGCCAUUGAUCUUCGUGUGGUGGUUGUGGGCUGAAUGCACGCUCGAGUAAGAAAUAUCCAUGACGGAGCACGGUAAGAGGUGUACCUGCAAAAGACACUCUGAUGGUCAAGUCACUUGUAUAUCAGGACCAAGCAUGUAUUUAUAGAGUUCAGUAAUCGGUAUGACUUGUAAUUGAGGCACUUGACCUUGGUGAAGCCAUCAUGAAUGGCUUUCGAGUCAAUGGCCACCAAUGGGCAGCCUUCGUGGUUGUGUCGGCUCAUUUUUGCUUGACUAACUAUUGGAUGAAAUAAAUCUCAUUUUUGGUCGUCCUGGCCAACCAACAUGGCAUUUACUCGGUCGUGAGUUAUUUGGGCCAUCCAGAAAGAUACUGGGCCUUAUGGACAUUUGAGCCGGCCAGAACACAAACAUAAAUUAUCUUACUUUCAAGUUUCAACACACUUUUCCCAUAAUCAAUUUGCCAAAAUCAAAUUUAUCCAACCAUCAAACGCACUAACAUUUUUGUGUGUCAAUAUUAUCCGUUCAAGAAGCAGCCAAGCAACAACAUUGUACAGUCUUACAUAUGUGGAAAAAACAGACAGAAGAAAUAGAAAACUUGCCGUUCUGGUCAUCUCAUGAAGGUUAUUUUGUUUGACUUAAUGUUUUUUUGUAAACUAUGUUCCUGAAGCCGCUUACUUCAAGUAAAGUGCCAUAAGAAAACCUGAGUCUUUAAAUACAAGAAGCAAAAGCAAAGUGGGAACACUUCUGUUAAAGAAAACAAAAUGGCAAUGAGAAGGACGCAGUUUCUUCUGUUGUUGCUUUGGCUCCUCUGUGUUUAUGCCCCUGCAUGUUUCUGUGCCAAUGUGACGUAUGAUCAUAGAGCAUUGGUCAUUGAUGGCAAGCGCAGGGUCUUGAUCUCUGGUUCUAUUCAUUACCCUCGCAGUACCCCUGAGAUGUGGCCAGACCUUAUUCAGAAAGCAAAAGAUGGAGGACUUGACGUGAUUGAAACCUAUGUUUUCUGGAACUUACAUGAACCAGUUCAAGGCCAGUAUAACUUUGAAGGCAGGGGAGACUUGGUUAAAUUUGUGAAGGGAGUAGCAACAGCAGGUCUAUAUGUGCAUCUCCGGAUUGGUCCAUACGCAUGUGCUGAAUGGAACUAUGGUGGUUUCCCUCUUUGGCUGCAUUUUAUUCCUGGAAUUCAGUUCAGAACUGAUAAUGAACCAUUCAAGGUAAUCCUGGUUUGCCUUUCUCCUGUUACACCUACUUCCUGCUAUUUUGUGAAGUUAAAUUGUCUUCAGGCAGAAAUGCAGCGAUUCACAGCUAAGAUUGUUGAUAUGAUGAAGCAAGAGAAUCUCUAUGCAUCACAGGGAGGACCUAUUAUUUUAUCUCAGAUUGAAAAUGAGUAUGGGAAUGUUGAAGGGGCUUAUGGUCCAGCUGCUGUACCCUACAUCAAUUGGGCAGCAUCAAUGGCUACAUCUCUUGACACAGGAGUUCCCUGGGUCAUGUGCCAGCAGGAAAAUGCCCCUGAUCCAAUUAUUAACACAUGCAAUGGAAUUUACUGUGAUCAAUUCACACCAAACUCUAAAGCAAAACCAAAAUUUUGGACUGAGGGUUAUAAUGGAUGGUUACUUUAUUUUGGUGGUGCGGUACCUUACAGACCUGUGGAAGAUCUUGCAUUUGCUGUGGCUCGUUUUUUCCAGUUAGGGGGCACUUUACAAAAUUACUAUAUGUACCAUGGAGGGACCAACUUUGGGAGAACUUCUGGUGGACCUUUUGUUGCUACUAGUUAUGAUUAUGAUGCUGCAAUUGAUGAGUAUGGAUUCAUUAGACAGCCUAAGUGGGGCCACCUCAAAGAUGUGCAUAAGGCCAUUAAGCUUUGUGAAGAAGCAUUGAUAGCUACUGAUCCAACAAUUACAUCUCUUGGUUCAAAUCUAGAGGCUGCUGUAUACAAGACAGAAGCUGAAUGUGUUGCUUUCCUUGCCAACAUAGACAACACAUCUGACGCUACCGUGAAAUUCAAUGGCAAUUCAUAUAACUUGCCUGCAUGGUCUGUGAGCAUCUUACCAGACUGCAAGAAUGUUGUGCUUAAUACUGCAAAGAUUAAUUCUGAAUCUAUGAUUUCAAGCUUCACAACUGAAUCAUUAAAAGAGGUUGGUUCUUUGGAAGGUCCAAGCCCAGGGUGGAGUUGGAUUAGUGAACCAAUUGGUAUUUCAAAGGCUGAUUCGUUCUCAAGAUUUGGAUUACUGGAGCAAAUAAACACAACAGCGGAUAGAAGUGACUACUUGUGGUACUCAUUAAGAAUUGAUCUUGAAGAUGAUGCUGGCGCUCAAACUGUCCUUCACAUUGAAUCCCUUGGUCAUGCCCUUCAUGCUUUCAUAAAUGGGAAGCUUGCAGGGAGCGGAAAAGGUAACAGAGACAAUUCUAAGGUCAAUGUGGAGAUCCCCAUCACACUUGUUGCUGGGAAGAACACAAUUGAUCUACUCAGUUUAACUGUGGGACUUCAGCACUUUGGACCUUUUUUCGAUACAUGGGGUGCGGGGAUCACUGGUCCAGUAAUAUUGAAAGGUUUGAAGAAUGGCAGUACUCUUGACUUCUCCUCCAAGCAGUGGACAUAUCAGAUAGGUCUUAAAGGUGAAGACUUAGGUCUUCCUAGUGGCACUUCUGGACAGUGGAAUUCACAAUCUACUUUACCUAAGAAUCAACCCUUGACUUGGUACAAGAUAAACUUCAGUGCUCCUUCCGGUAAUGAUCCAAUUGCAAUCGACUUCACGGGGAUGGGAAAAGGUGAGGCUUGGGUAAAUGGACAGAGCAUUGGACGAUACUGGCCUACAUAUAUCUCUCCAAUUGAUGGCUGUACCAGCUCAUGCAACUAUAGAGGGCCUUAUGAUUCAUCCAAAUGUCUCAAGAACUGUGGAAAACCAUCACAGACAUUAUACCAUGUACCAAGAUCGUGGUUGCAACCAGAUAGCAACACUCUUGUAUUGUUUGAGGAAAGUGGAGGCGACCCUACUCAGAUAUCUAUUGCAAUAAAACUGAUAGGAAGCUCAUGUUCACAUGUAUCUGAAUCUCACCCUCCACCUGUAGACUUGUGGAAUUCAGAUACAGAAUCAGAUAGAAGUGGGGGUCCUGUACUAUCACUGGAGUGCCCUUAUCCUAAUGAAGUCAUCACUACCAUUAAAUUUGCUAGUUUUGGAACACCUCAUGGGAAUUGUGGAAACUUCAGCCAUGGAGACUGCAGCAGCAAACAGGCUCUAUCCAUUGUGCAGAAGGCCUGCAUUGGAUCAAGCAGUUGUAGUAUUGGAGUAUCAAUUAAUACAUUUGGAGAUCCAUGUGGAGGAGUAACAAAGAGUUUAGCUGUUGAAGCCUCUUGUACAUAGACGUGUUGUUUCAAGCAUUCCCACUUCCUAGCUGGAACCGGUCAGGAAAGCAUUCUCCAAGUGUCUUAGACUUAUAGGAUGCUCACUCAUUAGCCAAACUAAUGAGGAGAAGCUUUUUUGAAUAGCUUCCAAAUACCAGAAUCAAUUCUGUGGUGAAACUUAAGUGAGUAGUUUCCAAAUGCCAGAAUUGACUCUGACUAAAAUCAAGUUGCUACAAACAAGCUAGAAAUAUAUGUCAAAUUGUUAUAUUUUCAUGA